AUGGCUGCAGCUGCCGGGCUCAAUCUUCACCGCCCGUACCUCCUCCUCUGCAUAAUCUUCCUCUCCUUUUCCCCAUUGACAUAUUCGAUAACCGAUGCCGAAGCGUUGCUCAAGUUCAAGCAAUCACUCACCAAUGCAUCUGCUUUGGAUUCUUGGGUGCCUAACUCUGCACCAUGCACGUCAGGUACGCAAUGGGCAGGAACCGUAUGCUUUAAUGGGAACGUUACGGGUCUUCGUCUAGGGGGAAUGGGUUUGUCUGGCACACUAGACUUUAAAUCGCUUAUCGAAGUCAAGAGUCUUCGAAGCAUGAGCGUAAAGAACAACAAUUUCUCCGGCUCCAUCCCGGAUUUCAACGUCAUUGGCCCCUUGAAGGCUAUCUAUUUGUCCGGGAAUCAGUUUUCCGGUGAGAUCCCAUCCGACUUUUUCACCGACAUGGACUCGUUGAGGAAAGUCUGGCUGGACCGCAAUAAUUUCAGUGGGAAAAUUCCUGCAUCUCUUGCGGAAACUCCGAAUCUGCAGGUACUGCGUCUCGAGGACAAUGAAUUCAGUGGAAGCCUCCCGGAUAUGAGCCAAGUUACUUUGACGGUCCUCAAUGUGUCUAAUAACAAGCUGGAGGGGGAGAUUCCGAAGAGUCUGCAGGAUAAAUUUGAUAAGACUGUGUUUUCCGGAAACUCAGGUCUUUGUGGGUUGAAUGUGGGCAAGGAAUGUACUAAUGCACCAUCACCAUCACCAUCACCAUCACCAACGAGUUCUAAUGAGGGUAGUGGCUCAAAAUCGAGUUCGAAAAGUAAGAAGGGAAGCUCUACAAUUGUUAUUGCAUUGUCAGUAACUUGCGCGGUGGUGCUUCUCAUUCUUAUCCUUCUAUUGUUUGUCAGAUCAAGGAGAAAGAAGGCAGAUGAGAAUAUGGAUAGGCUUGGAACCCAAAACACUCAAAGCUAUGAUCAUUCUCCUUCUCCUCAACAAGCACAAGUAGAAGCGGUUGAGUUGAAUGUGGCGGAGAUCAAUCGUAGGGAAAGGGAAGUAGGGGAGUCAUCUGCAUCAGUUAGUAAUGCUAGAAAGAGUACUAGCUCGGCGCGCAAGAGCACUUCGAGUCAUGCUAAAGGAUUAGGCGGGAUGCCGGAGCUAGUGAUGUUGAAUGAAGAGAAGGGAGUGUUUGGGUUGACGGAUUUGAUGAAGGCCGCAGCCGAGGUACUUGGAAAUGGGGGGAUGGGUUCAUCUUACAAGGCUGUCAUGGCGAAUGGGUUGGCGGUUGUGGUAAAAAGGAUAAGAGAAAUGAAUGCAAUGAGUAGAGAGGGGUUUGAUGCAGAGAUGAGGAGGCUUGGGACUCUACGCCAUUGGAAUGUCUUGACUCCUCUGGCUUAUCACUACAGAAAAGAAGAGAAGCUGUUAGUUUAUGAGUACAUCCCCAAGAGCAGCUUGCUUUAUCUAUUACAUGGUGAUCGGGGAUCGUCUCACGACCAACUUAACUGGCCUGCUAGGUUAAAGAUUAUUCAAGGAACAGCAAGAGGGAUGGGUUUUAUCCAUAAUGAAUGUUCAGGCUAUGAUUUGCCCCAUGGCGACCUAAAGUCAAGCAAUGUACUAAUUGGCCCCGACUAUGAGCCCUUGCUUUCAGAGUUUGCAUUUGCUCCAAUGAUCAACUCUUCACAUUUACCACAUGCCUUGUUUGCAUACAAAGCCCCAGAAGCUUCAGAGUAUGGCCUAGUAUCACCCAAGUGCGAUGUGUUCUGUCUAGGAGUCCUCAUACUUGAAACCCUAACGGGCAAAUUCCCUUCUCAGUAUCUCAACCAUGGCCAAGGUGGGACUGAUGUAGUCCAAUGGGUGCGGUCGGCUAUGGCAGAAAGAAGAGAAAUGGAACUAUUAGACCCCGAGAUUUCAAACGAACAGGGUUCAAUCAGUGAAAUGGAGAAGCUCCUCCACAUUGGUGCAGCCUGCACAGAGAAUGAUCCGAGGCAACGGUUAGACAUGAUGGAGGCUAUUCGAAGGAUAGAGCAAAUAAAUGCCGUAGGAACUAGUGAAGAGGCUGCUAGAGACGGUUAUGCAAACUCUUCUUUAGCAGUACCAAAGACAACUCAUGUACCAACAUUGCGAGAAGGGGUAGCAGAUAUGCCUGCACGGCCAGCUUCUGAGUCCGAGAUCAUCAGACUGGCAUCGCGCAGCUUCCGAAGCAGAUCGGGGUGA